AUGGACCGAGCGGCGCUCCUGGGACUGCCACGCCUGUGCGCGCUGUGGGCAGCCCUGCUCGCGCUGUUUCCCUGCGGAGCCCAAGGAAACUGGAUGUGGUUGGGCAUCGCCUCCUUUGGCGUCCCGGAGAAGCUGGGCUGCGCCAACUUGCCGCUGAGCGGCCGCCAGAAGGAGCUGUGCAAGAGGAAACCGUACCUGCUGCCGAGCAUCCGCGAGGGCGCGCGCCUGGGCAUCCAGGAGUGCAGGAGUCAGUUCCGGCACGAGCGCUGGAACUGCAGGGUCGCCGCCCCGGCCGCCGCCGCGCCGCUCGGCACUGGGCCCCUCUUCGGCUACGAGCUGAGCAGCGGCACCAAGGAGACAGCAUUUAUUUAUGCUGUGAUGGCUGCAGGCCUGGUGCAUGCUGUAACCAGGUCCUGUAGUGCAGGCAACAUGACAGAAUGCUCCUGUGACACCACCUUGCAGAACGGUGGGUCGGCAAGUGAAGGCUGGCACUGGGGGGGCUGCUCCGAUGAUGUCCAGUAUGGCAUGUGGUUCAGCAGAAAGUUCCUAGACUUUCCCAUCAGAAACACCACAGGGAAGGACAGCAAAGUACUGCUAGCAAUGAAUCUACAUAACAAUGAAGCUGGGAGGCAGGCUGUUGCCAAGUUGAUGUCAGUAGACUGCCGCUGCCACGGAGUUUCUGGCUCUUGUGCUGUGAAAACAUGCUGGAAAACCAUGUCUUCAUUUGAAAAGAUCGGACAUUUGUUGAAGGAUAAAUAUGAAAAUAGUAUUCAGAUAUCAGAGAAAAUAAAGAAGAAAAUGCACCGGAGAGAAAAAGAUCAGAGGAAACUACCGAUUCGCAAGGAAGAUCUGCUGUAUGUCAAUAAGUCUCCCAACUACUGUGUGGAGGACAAGAAACUGGGGAUCCCAGGGACUCAAGGCAGAGAAUGCAACCGUACUUCGGAAGGGGCUGACGGCUGCAACCUCUUGUGCUGUGGCCGAGGUUACAACACCCAUGUGGUCAGGCACGUGGAGAGGUGUGAGUGUAAGUUUAUCUGGUGCUGCUAUGUCCGCUGCAGAAGAUGCGAAAGCAUGACUGAUGUCCACACGUGCAAGUAA